AUGAUAACUAAUGAUAAUGUCAACUCUAGAUCAUAUGAUCCUCCAGUCAUUCCUGAUCCUUCUCAAAUGCUUGAAGAAUCGCAGUUCAUCAAUAUUUCAUAAAAGCAUCUUCUAUUUCCAAAUAGUCCUUUUCAGAUUGUCAAACCUUAAGAUGUAAGUGAUUAUGAAUUCCCUUUUGAUCCAUAACCAUUGCAGAUGAUGUUUGAUUAUCCUUAAUCAGAAUAACUUUCACCAAAACUAUAAAUAAGGAAACCCUCCAAAAAUUCGAAUCUAUAAUUCACUACGCCAUAAAAAGUAUAGCCUUAUAGAAGGUAAUUAAUUUAAACAAUUUAAUUAGAUAUCAAUCAGAAAGAGUAGAACGAAGAACUUAUAAUUAUGAAUAGUAAAAUUAACCCAUGAGAAGCCAAAAGGGUAAAUAUGGACACAUAAUCAAGCACAGGACUUAGACAUUUGUCAAUAAAGGUCAAAGAAAUCGUGUUUGAAUUGAGAUCAACUUCCUAUAAAGAUGUAGCAGAGAGAUUAAUUUAGGAGUUAAGUAAGGAAGAAGGCAGAUUAUUAGAUUAUGAUAAUGUAUGACAAUAAUAAAUUAGAGUAAAAAGAUGAAUAAAACAUUAAGCGUAGAGUAUAUGAUGCUUUGAAUGUAAUGAUAGCAUCCAAAGUAUUAAGAAAAGAAGGUAAAAAAGUUAAAUCAGAUGUUUGUUCAGAAUUAUCUGGAAAGAUAAAACUUUAAGAUAGAGAUGCAUAAAGGGAAAAACUAGUAAAUUUGCAAUAUAUCAUUAGAUAAUAAAAUAAAAGAUUGUCUAAGGAAAAAAGAAGCAUUUAUCAGAUCUCAUUUAAAAAUGGAAAACGGCCAAUUCUUUAAUAGAAAGAAAUAAAAAUUUAGAAAAAUAAUCAUAAUAAUCAUUCUAUUUUCCAUUAAUAAUAUUUUAUGCAGAUCAGAAACUUCCAAAAUUUCUAAAAGAUAAAAAAACUUUAAAAAUUUAGAUGAAAAAUAAAAUUGAAAUUCUUUCAGAUCUUGACAUUGCAAAACAAUUGUUUUUGUAUCAAUUAUGAAUUUAUCUUAGUGAAACUGUUGACAAUGAUAAAAUAUAAGAAGAAUGCUUAAAAUUGUAAUGA